AUGAUCAGAUUUAACCCAUUAAGUAGAAUAUAUACUCAAUUCACACCCCUUGUCAGAAAUGCCAGGGGAACCAGGAACUUGUUCCGCCCCCAGAACAGGCUAGCUCUCAAGUCUGUUAGAAAUCAAUCCACCACUGGUGCGAAUGCGAAUUCCAUUCCAAAGGCAAGGGCCACAGGUUCAGCUGGUUCUGGUAGUUCUGGUUCCGGAAAUGCUGGUUCUGGAAGUUCCGGUAGCGGAAAGAAGCCAACAGGCUUCAGGGCCCUCUUCAAGGAGUACGGUUACUCCGCUCUCGCUAUUUACUUUGCUCUCUCGAUGAUAGACCUUCCAAUCAUUUAUGUGCUCGUUCAUACAUCUGGAAAGGAACAAAUUGAAAUAUACGAAAACAAGGUUAAGCAAACUUUUGGUUACGGAGUUUCUGAUGAAGAAUUAAAGAAGAAGCAGGAAAUUAACAAAAUCCAGGAAGAAAUAGAAAAUAAGGCAAACCCAGAUCAGGAAUCCAAGGAGAACCAACUGACGCUCUCUUACAUUGUCUCACAAUUUUCAUGGACUGAAUUCGCGAUCGCUUAUGGUAUUCAUAAGUCUUUAGCCUUCAUUAGAUUACCAGUCACAGCAGCAAUUACACCUAGUACUGUUGCAAUUCUUAGACGUUGGGGUUUCAAAAUUGGAACCGAUAAGCUCUCUACUACUGCUACGUUGGCUAAAGACCAAUUGAAGGCUAGAGUUGGUGAUGUCACUGCUUCUUCAUCCAAAUUUGGUGUUAGGGCAGACAAAAAGAAAAAGUGGUUUGACUGGUUCUUCUAA